GGCCUGCACUUCGAGGAAGCCGGAAGCGGCGGGGUCCGCGGCACCGGCUGGGGUUGGGGAGGUAGUGGUGAGCACCCUCGGGUGUGUGCACCCCGCAAUGGAUUCCGACGCGACCGUCGCGCGGCGGCGGUCGUUGCUACUGCCGCAGCUACUGCUGGUGCCCCUGCUGUGGUCGGGGCUGGCUCUGGGCACGCUCGCCUUGGACAGCACCCCCCACAGGAUCUUGUACGACCUCCUGUCAGAGCGGCAGCUGCUGAUGGCGGAGGACUUGUCUCUGACCCUCCUGCAGGGAGGAAGGCUAGGACCACAGUCUCUACCCCCAGACCUGCCGGAUCUGGAUCCUGAGUGCCGGGAGCUGCUGCUGGACUUCGCCAACAGCAGCGCAGAGCUGACCGGGUGUCUGGUGCGCGGCGCUCGGCCGGUGCGCCUCUGUCAGACCUGCUACCCACUGUUCCAACAGGUCGCCAGCAAGAUGGACAACAUCAGCCGAGCCGUGCAGAAUACUUCUGAGAGUCAUAGCUGUGCCAGAAGUCUCUUAAUGGCAGAUAGAAUACAAAUAGUUUUGAUUCUGUCUGAGUUUUUUAAUUCCACAUGGCAGAAGGCAAAUUGUGCAAAUUGUUUAACGAACAAAAGUGAAGAAUUAUCAAAUAGUACAUUAAACUUCCUCAAUCAAUUUAAUAACACCUUGGCCUGCUUUGAGCAUAACCUGCAGGGGAGCAUACAGAGUUUUCUACAGUUAAGAAAUUACUCAGAAGUAUGUAAAAACUGUCUCAUAGCAUAUAAAAAUCUGAGUAGUCUGUACAGUGAAAUGCAAAAAAUGAAUGAACAUGAGAAUAAGGCUGAACCUGGAACACAUUUAUGCAUUGACGUGGAAGAUGCAAUGAACAUUACUCGAAAACUCUGGAGUCGAACUUUCAACUGUUCGGUCCCUUGCAGUGACACUGUGCCUGUAAUUGCUGUUUCUGUGUUCGUUCUUUUCCUGCCUGUUGUCUUCUACCUUAGUAGCUUUCUUCACUCAGAACAAAAGAAACGCAAACUCAUUCUACCCAAACGUCUCAAGUCCAAUACCAGCUUUGCAAACAUUCAAGAAAAUUCAAACUGAAACCUACAAAGUGGAGAAUUAACAUCAUGUCCCAUGGAUGAGUGGUAGAAGAUACAGCUUGGUCCAAAAGAAGAUAAAGUUCUUAAGAAAUGCAAGGACUUCAUAUUUAUUUUUAAAUAAGAAUGUUCGAUUUUUUUUCCACCUCCUUUGUAAGGGUUUGGGUAUUUUUAAUUUACAGGCAUAGCAAUGUGGUCUAUUUUAAAGUGUAUUUGUUAUAAUAACAAAAGAUGCAAGAACAAUCUUUGUUUUAUUUUAUAGGCAUAUUAGUACUAUUUGAGACUUCUGGUAUCUUCUAAUUAAUAGUAUCUCAAGUAGCAAAGUUUUUGAAAACUAACAUUUAAAAAUUAGUCAGUUAUAGCAAAGACUUUGAAAAAGAGAUAUACUUGCCAAAAACUAGCAGGUCCAAAAUUUAAUUUAAAUUACCACUGCAGUAUUAUUGUUACAUACAUACUUAACAUGUCAUAUGUUAUAAAUAAUAUGUAAUUCAAUCUCUAGUUUCCUUAGAGUCAUUUUUGAAACCACUGAUUAUAAGCCACCCUAACAAUUUUUAGAAGUGGAAAGGCACAUUACAUUUAUCUUUGUAAAAAGAUUUAUGAGAACUGGUUUCUUACUUGACUUUUAUAAAUAGUAUUUUACACCUUAUUUUUGCCUUUAUUUCAUAAGUAAUUUGAAAUCAUUGGACUGCUUUAUUAUAUUCAGGGCAAGAUGGAUUCUUUUUAUACCAGGGGUUUGCAUUGUGAAUUAAAUUAUUUCGCAAUUUAUAAUUUAUUGCUAUUUUAAAUCAAAUGUGGCAUUAUCACACUGUAUUUAAGUUGUGACUUUUUAAUGGAGACUUUCUCUUAGAAUAUAUAGGAAUUUUCAGAGGAGAGAUAAAGGAGUAGGGAAAAAAGCUUGAGGUUCAGAAGAUGGAGAGGGGCCUGAGGGGAUCUCGCAAUGAGGCUGUUACAUGGUUCACACUGGAAGCAGGAGUCAACAAGAGCCUGAUACAAGAAGCAGUUAGGCUAAGAUGAUGAGUUUUUCCUUAAAUUAUCUAAGUCACGUAAAAGUGAUAUGGUUGAUAAGAAGUCAAAUAUUUCGCUCUCAGAAAAAACUCUAUUUUGGAAUGUUUGUAUCAAUCUUUUUUUUAAAACUUCAUAUCAGAAUUGUUUACAAUUUUUUCCCCUUCAGGUGUUUAGUGUUAAAUAUUUUAUUUGUUAAUUUCUUCUUGCUUUUUUGGUGGAAAUAGGCUUUGUAUUAAAUGUUGAGAAACAAGAGUUUGGUUACAUGUUGAAAGAAUUUGAAUACCUUAGUAUACUGUAAAAUACUCUAUUGAGAGAUAAGAAAGUGUUUUUGUUUUAUUUUUUUUAAUGUUUACUAUAUAGGCAGAUGAAAGAAAAGGCUCAUCGUGGGAUAUGUAACAUAUCCACAAGCUGUUACAGUUUUUCCAGUCUGCUGUGAUCCAUUAAAAACUUGCUGGGGUUUGUUCUGUUGUUGCUGUUCCCGCUGCUGAUACUAAUAGCACUAUUACGAUUUGAAGCAUUAUAGUUGAGGGCCAUUGAAAGCAAUCUUUCAUUAAAGCAGAUAAAACCAGUUUACAUGUGCAAAGGUAUAAAAUGGCACAUUCAGUUCUGUAAGUAGUGACUCUGAGCACUUUUUGAAUAUUAUGUAUUUCUAAAAACUAUUGCUUUGGAAAUGUUUGCUAAUAAGCCCUUUUAAAAAGAAAGGGCAGCCUUUACUAUUUUUCUGGUUGAGUCAUUGCUCUUUAGAAGUAGCAUCAGCAAUAGAUUUCAAAAAUAAGUAUUAAGUACUACACUGAAGUGUGUAAACAUUUUGUUUUUUAGUUAUAUUGGAAAAUUCUUUGCAUAGUUCUGAAUGUUAGAUGCAGAGCAUAUGUGUGCACAAGAACAUCUUUGUUCUUAAUUUUUUUGACAGUUUCAAAUAAAGGAAUUAGCUUAAGGAAAUUGUAGUGCCAUAUUUGAUUUUAAAUACAUUUUUAAAACUUCAGCUGUAAUUAAAAAUCACAUUUCAGUUUUCCAGAUACUGAGUUUAAAUAUCUACUUUAAAAGUACUGUUUAUCUUAUAAUUUUGUUGCAAAUAAAAAUGUACUUUUGGAUUUUGUUGUUGUUGGAUUUGAGAGGUAGAAAUAGCAUCAGCCAUCUUAAAGUGUACCUCUAAAUCAAUGAAUGACACCAGGCUUUAGUUGGUAAAUGUUACUUCUAAUGGGACCAGUAUUUUGCAGUGUUUUAUGGAUGGGCUCUACUUUUUACUGAAAUGGGCUCCUGAAGAUGAAGUGUUUUCCGGAACCACAUUGUAGUUGGGUCACAUUUCCGACCAAAGACUUGAUAUUAGAUAAAUAAUAGAUCACCAGCAAUGAAUUGUGAAAGCAAAAAUAUACUAGGAACCCAUGUAACAUUUUCAAAUGGAAAAAAAAAUUAUGUUCUAAGUAUAUAUAUAUUUAUAUUUAGAGCUAGAAGAUAUCCUUAGAGGUCAUCUGGUCAAGGAAUCCUAGAGCUGGACGGAAUCCCUAAAAGCCACUCAGUGCAGCCUUCUAUCCGCUGCACGGGAUCCCUCUGAGACGUUGAUCACUCAUUUCCUGUCUUCUUAACUGAGGGAGCAGAACAUUGUAGAGCUCCAUAUUUAUGACUGAGCCAUUGUUUUAUAGACAAUUCUAAAACUGAAACUUGAGAUGCCUAAUCAACUAUUUUUCCACUGCUCCACUCUGCUUAUCUU